AUGUCUUCAUUUAACGACGAUCUUUCAAAGCUACUGCCGCAAUCGUUUGGUCAGAAGAAAGGCCAAGCUUCAUCAAAAUCUAAGGCUGGUAAUGAUGAACUUGAUGCUUUAUCUGCAUUCUUACCAACGUCUUUCGGAAAACAAUCCAAAAAGAACGAUAUCACAGCGGAAUUUGAUAAGACGAAACGGGAUGAUGUCACUUUACCAAGGGACACGAAGCGAGCCAAAGUCCAAAUGAACGAUCAGCAAACCAAAGUGGCCACACGAGAUGCAACCGAUGAUGAGGACGAAGACGACGACGACGACAGCGAUUCUGAGGAAAACGAUGCAGUCCAAGAAACGAAUGUACUUCCAAUUUCUCAUGAAGUCAAACUCAAGGAUCAUACCCGCACAGUGUCUGCUUUAGCUCUGGAUCCUGCCGGGGCUCGAUUGAUCACCGGCAGCUACGAUUAUGAUUUGAAAUUUUGGGAUUUUGCUGGCAUGGACAAGUCGUUUCGUCCCUUCCGAACAGUGCAGCCUUUUGAAGAUCAUCAGAUUCACGAUGUACUUUACUCCUUGACCGGCGACUCGUUUUUGUGCAUAUCAGGCAGUGCGCGUCCGAAAUUGUUCGAUCGCGACGGUCUUGAAAAAUGUGAAUAUAUCAAAGGAGAUCCAUACAUUCGAGAUCUUCGACAUACGGCAGGUCAUAUUGGUGCUCUCACAGGCGGUCAAUGGCAUCCUCACGAUCGUCAACUCUUUGCUACCUCAUCUCAAGACGGUAGCUUGCGUAUCUGGAAUGUGGAAAACAAGAGAAAGCAGAAAGAAGUUAUCGCCUAUCGAUCACGAGAACGUGGUGGACGUUCCGCAGCAACGGCUCUCAAUUUUACACCCGACGCUAAACUCCUUGCUGGCGCAUUCAUUGAUGGCACGGUCAAUAUGUGGUCUCCUGAUGGGCCUUUCUUGAGGCCUUCCAUUGCCAUUGCAGAUGCUCAUCAGAAAGGCACAGAAACAUCAUCCAUAAUAUUUUCCCGCGAUAAUCAUACCAUGGUCACUCGUGGCGGAGACGACACUGUUAAAGUGUGGGAUCUUCGUAAACCAAAGACCCCGUUACGUGUCGCUUACAAUCUUGAUAUCGUCAAUCCGGAAGCGAAUGUCAUCUUUAGUCCUGAUGAACGGUUAAUCUUGACCGGUACAUCCGUUCCUAAAGGUCAAGGUUACGGCCAGCUGGUGAUGAUGGACAGAGAAACGUUGGAAAUCCGUAGAACUAUGAAUAUUGGGCAAGCUAGUGUUGUAAAGGUGUUGUGGCAUCCUCGUAUCAAUCAGAUUGUCACGGGUAGCGGUGACGGCACCGUCAACAUCUUUUAUAGCCCUACACAUUCUGCUCGUGGUGCCAAACUUUGCGUUGUUAAAGCACCUAAGGCGCGCGCAGUGGAUGAUUACGAGAUCGAUCGACCCAUUUAUACUCCUCACGCAUUGCCAAUGUUCAAAGAGGAUGACGCACGAAGCUCGAAGCGAAAGAGAGAGAAAAUGCGAAAAGAUCCCGUCGCAUCCCAUCGUCCAGAUAUGCCUGUCAAUGGUCCUGGCAAGGGUGGUCGUGUUGGUAUGAGCGAACAACAAGCUGUUAUUAAGAGUCUGACAAAGGAUACGACACGAGAUGAGGAUCCUCGUGAAGCAUUGCUCAAGUAUGCCGAUGUGGCUGAAAAGGACCCCAUGUGGGUUUCCAAUGUAUAUAAAAAAACGCAACCCAAUGCAGUAUUCGCCAAAGAUGAUGAGGAAGAGGAAGAGACCAAAUAA